AUGGACGGAGGUGAUCCUACUAAAACAGUCAAAGAUGAUUCCGGCAACAUCGCCGGCGGUGGUGAAACGGUCACCAUCAACAUCCGAUGUGUCAACGACUCCAAAUUAUCUGUUCAAGUAAGCCUCAAUUCCACCGUCGGAUCAUUCAAGUCCAUCCUUUCCCAGCCGGCUGAUAUCCCUGCUGAGCAGCAGAGAGUGAUCUAUAAUGGCCAAAUCUUAAAGGAUGAUCAAACCCUAAAAAGCUAUGGUCUGGAGGCAGACCACACAGUUCAUCUUGUUCGAGGUUUUGCCGCAGCUGCUUCUGCUAGUACAACCAAUGUUGUAAAUCCAAAUGCUAAUCAGGAUGCUCCCAGGGUUGCUGUUCCCACUACAAGGGGGCUGUUUGUCAGAGCCGGUGGAGCUCCACUCUUUUCUGGACUUGGAAGUAGAGGUGGUUUGUUUGGAGCUGAACUUCCAGAUUUUGAGCAUGUCCAGCAACAGCUAACUCAAAACUCCAACAUGAUGAGAGAGAUGAUGAAUAUGCCUCUAGUUCAGAAUCUAAUGAAUAACCCAGAAAUCAUCUGCAACUUGAUCAUGAACAAUCCUCAAAUGCGAGAGUUCAUGAAUCCUAAUCCCGAGCUCUCGUACAUAUUCAAUGACCCUGCUAUAUUGGAGGCUGCAAGUAACCCUGAACUCAUGCAUGAGAUGAUAAAUAAUAUUGACUGGGCAUUGAGCAGCAUUGAACCGUCUCCUGAGGAAUUUAACAUGCACAUGUAUGAGAAUGUCCAAGAGCCAUUUCUGAUUGCAACAACCAUGGCUGGAGAUACAAGAAAUGAUUCAGGGACAAACCCGUUCGUGGCUCUUUUGGGAGCCCAGGAACAAGGCAGAAACCAGUCAACUAACCCUCCAACUACUGGUUUUGACACAACUGCUAAUCCUCCUGCUCCAAACUCGAACCCACUUUCUAAUUCUUGGGCAUCAGCUGACAUUGGAGGUGCCCAAAUGAAUACCACUCCCAGAUCAAAUGCUGCUAGGAAUAUUUGGGGACCCCCUCUUGGUGGUUUGGAUGACUUACCAGAUUUGCAGCGAAUGCUAGGUGGCAUACCUGACGCCUCUUCUGAAAAUCAGUUAAUGGAGUACCCAACCAUCUCACAGAUAAUGCAGCACAUAAACCAGAUUAUGGGGCUCGACCCCAACCCUCAUCCUGGGGAUAUGAUGCCAAAUCCUGAAUUUAUUCAUCAGUUGACGUCCUCUGAGAGGAUGCAGGAACAUCAGGUACAACAAGGGUUAUUUCCUCACCUUGAUCGGUCGCAAUCAAACCAAGAACAAGACCGGGAAGCUGACCGAGCAGGUGAUAAUAUUUUAUUCUCUAUAUUUCCCAAUUUGAUAUCCUUAUAA